UGGCUGUGAGGACCCAUGGGCCCCAGUUGGCAAUGCUGCCCCACAGUGGGGUCCUGCUUGGAGCUGGGGGUUGUCCUGUGUUGGGACAGAUCCCUGGGGCAGCUCCUCCUCCUCGAAGGAGUGGGUGUCACAGCAUCCAGUCAUCCAAUCCCAGCCCGGAGCAUUUUAGGAAGUGCCCAGAGAGAAGGGCGCUGCUGCCGGAAACUCAGGAGGGUCUGUGACAGCCUGGGGCACAGCUUCACCACUUACAGGCGGGCAGGUGAGCUCUUCUGGCAGCUUCCCCAGCCUGCCCAGCACCAUGAACACGGACUGGAUGUCAGCACUAUGCCCACAGCUCUGGGAUGUGCCCGUCCACCACCUCUCCAUCCCAGGUUCCAUUGCUGGAUUCUGGGUGGAUGUGGGUUUGGGGCGCCCUCCACUCCUUGCUGUGUGCAGCUCAGAGAGGUGGGUGCUGUGAAACGUGCCCACUUGCUUGCAGGGAGCCAUGACACGAUGACAUACUGCUUGAACAAGAAAUCUUCCAUUUCCCAUGACCAGUCCUGGCUGCUGCAGCUUCUGGACAAGGUCCUGCCGUGCAUUACCCGCCCCGUGGUGAUGAAGUGGUCUGUCACGCAGACGCUGAAUGUCACAGAGCAGCUGGACGCCGGGGUCCGGUACCUGGACCUUCGCAUUGCACACAUGCUGGAGGGCUCCAAGAAGAACCUGCAUUUUGUGCACUUGGUGUACACGACUGCACUGGUAGAGGACACGCUUACGGAGGUCUCUGACUGGCUGGAGCAGCACCCUCGGGAGGUAGUCAUCCUGGCAUGCAGGAACUUCGAGGGCAUGACAGAGGGCCUGCAUGAGUACCUGGUCACCUGCAUCCAGAACAUCUUUGGGGACAUGCUGUGUCCCCGAGGGGAGGUGCCAACGCUGCGUCAGCUAUGGGCACGAGGCCAGCAGGUGCUCGUGUCCUAUGAGGAUGAGGGCACUGUAAGCCGACAUGGGGCGCUGUGGCCCGGGAUCCCCUACUGGUGGGGGGACCAGGUGAAGCCUGAGGAGCUCAUCCACUACCUGGAGCACAUGAAGAGUGGAGGCCGCCCAGGUGGGCUGUUCGUGGCGGGCAUCAACCUGACGGAGAACCUGGCCUACAUCCUCCUGCACCCGUCCAAGUCCCUCAAGAAGAUGACACUCCCCAGCCUGCCUUACCUGAGCAGGUGGGUGCGGGAGCAGUGCCCUGGGCCGGGCGCGCAGUGCACCAACAUCAUUGCGGGCGACUUCAUCGGCACAGACGCUUUCACCAGUGAUGUCAUACGGCUCAAUGAGAAGUUGCUUCCACGCUGACCGAGUCCUUUCUUGAGCUCAGCACGCAGGACAUGUCGACAUUCAUCCUUCUUCCCGUGUGGCUGUGUGGUUUUUGCCAAGUGCAGGCGAGAGGAGUGGGUCUGGGCAAUGUGGGUGGGACAGGGCCCCUCUGCCUCCUUCCUCAGAAUGCCCCCUGCUGCUCAGCAGCCCUGGGGUGGAUUCCUCAGCAUCCCUGUGGAUCCCUCAGAAUCUCUGGGGUGGAUUCCUGACCCUGCAGGGUUCAGUGCAUGUGCUGAUGACUAAAGCUCCUCAAGGGAAGGCCUACCCAGAUCGUGGGAGUCUGUUUGUCCGGGCCUAGCCCAGCCCAAGUGCUCUGGUUGCCCAUGAGAGGCUCCGAAGCAUCGCCUCCCCUGGGGGCUUGGAAGAGCAGCAGAGUGACAUCCCCACAGCUCCAGGGGUGACGUGAACAGGGAGCACCAAGUGUGCUGGGAUCCUGAGAAAACCAUCUAAAGAACUGAUGUGAACAACCUGUCUCCAACUCUGAGGACAUCGGCUGCUUCCCAGCCAAUAGGCUGCUGCGUGCUCACUGUUCUCUGGCUCUUCUGGCUGGAAUGGGACCGGUUGGGGCUGUUUGGGAGUUUGCCACGAAGAGUGGGGCAGGCGGGCCCACAGGCCUCGGUAGCAGCAUCUCCAGGUGUGAGAAGGGAAGUAUAGCACAGGCUCCUGGCCCGCACUGGCCGCUACAGGUCUGAGGCACACUCGGUUGCCCAGGCCCCGCUCUCCUCCGGCCACUCACGUAAGGGUCCCAGCCUGCCUGCUCUGCGCAGCUGUAAAGCCACAUGCCCUCCUAGGUGCCUGGAUUCUGACGGGCCUGCGCCUGCGUUGCGGAUCCCGCCUCACCUGUGAUUGUCUCCAAGGCCCGCAGGGGUGUUUGUCACUAUUCCAACUUCCCCUGGGCUCUUAGGUUUCUUACACUCUCUUCUCCAUCCAUUUGCCACAAAGCUCAUUAUAUUAACUAGGUCUCUUUAU